AUGAUUUGUCUAACUUUUACAGUGGAUUUGGAGGCAUCAUUGUCUUUGGGGCUUAAAGUCUUGAUUGGCUCUGAUACUAAGCAGCAGCAAAAAUCCCUUACCGAACUCGAACUCGAUAUCGAGCUUCCUCAAUCGAUUUUCAACCUAAGCAACUCGAUAUCCGACGUGCUCGAGAUGAACGGCGACAUAAGAGUCCAUGGCAAAUCGUUCACCGUCUUCGUAGCCUCGGCCUCAGAAAAUGACCCGACCCAUUCGUGGACCCUAAAACCAUACGCCCGUAAACACGACACUUUCCUAAUGGGCUACAUCCGGGAGUGGACCGUCGUACACGGGCCCGCCUCAAAACUCCCGGGAUGCGGGGCCCGAUGCCCGUUUCCCGGGGUCGUGUUCUCGACCCGAGGCUACGCCAUGAACCCUUACCACGACUUCUCGGACCUUCUCGUCCCACUCUACCUCACCACCCGACCCUACAACGGCUCGAUCCAAUAA